UCCUCCAGCGACAGAGCCUGAGAGGUAGAAGGAGAAAGCAACCGCGGUUGCCUUCGGAGAGUUUCGCUGAGCAGCUGUGAGAGGGGAGGGGAGGGGGGGCCCGCGGGAGGCAAGGGGAGGCAGAGGGAGGAAUCCGCAAGAUCGGAGCGCCUUAACUCCUUCCCUACUCUUUGCACGGUCUUUAAAACUGUCAGCAAUCUGGAUCAAAUGGCAGAAUAACUUUGAACAAUCGUCCAUCAUGAACGCAUUUAAAAAAGGUUGAAAGGAAUACGAGAAGAUCAUGGGGAAUUCAUAUGCUGGGCAACUGAAAUCAGCCCGUUUUGAAGAAGCCCUUCACAACUCAAUAGAGGCCUCUCUAAGAUGUAACAGCGUUGUUCCUCGGCCCAUCUUCUCCCAGCUCUAUCUCGACCCUGACCAGCCUCCUGUUUCGCCGGAAGGUAACCAAGAAAAUGUGAAACCAAAAGUGGAAGAGCUGGACAAAGAAUUAAUGCAUCGUUACACCCAGAAUGGAAGCUUGGAUUUUUCCACUAGCCAAAUUAUUAAUGAAAUGGAGGAAGACGAGGAGGAGGAAGAUAUGUCUGAUUCCAGUAGCCCACCAAUCCCGUACGCACAAAAACCAGCCCCAGAAGGGUCUUGCACUACUGAUGGUUUUUGUCAAGCAGGCAAAGAUUUGCGGCUAAUAUCGCUGUGUAUGGAACAGAUCGAUAUCCCAGCAGGCUUCCUGUUGGUGGGAGCCAAGUCUCCAAAUCUUCCUGAGCACAUUCUAGUCUGUGCUGUUGACAAGAGGUUUUUGCCAGAUGACCAUGGAAAAAAUGCACUUUUAGGUUUUUCUGGAAACUGCAUAGGUUGCGGAGAAAGAGGAUUUCGAUAUUUUACUGAAUUUUCUAACCACAUUAACCUGAAACUCACCACUCAACCAAAGAAGCAGAAGCACUUAAAAUACUACCUAGUAAGAAGCUCCCAAGGUGUGCUGUCAAAAGGACCCCUUAUAUGCUGGAAAGAAUGUAGAAGCAGGCAAUCUUCUGCUGCUAGCCAUUCUGCUAAACCUAGUUCUUCAGCAUCUCCAUCCAUGGUCCCUGAGAGUGGAACAGCUAAUGGAUACAAGCCAGGGUUCACUCAGACAGACUCCUCGGUAUUCAGUCACGCACAGUCUUCCUCUGCUGUUAAUUUAAGCGGAAUUCAAGAUUUGUCUCGGAAUAAGAACAUAGUGAGACCAGUUGCUUUGCCUGUGCAACUUGUAGGAAACACAUUUGCCACAGCUCCCCUGUCCCUGCGUGCCACUGAUGUUGCUGGUGGCAACAACAACGGAGGAAGGACAAAUGUGAUGAGCUCUACCAUCUCCCGACCUAUGCCUCACUUGAUGUCUCCUGGCUCUAGCUGUGUAUCUGGGGAACAAGCAUCCAUGGCCAGUUCUGGGCCCCCAAAGAAACGACACCGAGGAUGGUCUCCUGGAUCCCCAGUCCCUCCUCCCCCUGGUUUAGUUGUGCCUGUUCCUGCCAUCCGGCCUCUUCCAAGAGCAGAGCCUCUUUUGUCAGUCUCAGUUCCUCAAUCAAUGUUAACUGGAAUUUUACAGCCCCAGCCCAUCCCUGCAGGGGAGACUGUAAUAGUUCCUGAAAAUCUGCUGAGCAACUCAGGAGUCAGACCAGUGAUUCUAAUAGGUUAUGGCACUUUACCCUAUUUCUAUGGGAAUGUUGGAGACAUUGUAGUAAGUCCCAUGUUAGUGAAUUGCUACAAGAUUCCUCACCUGGAAAACAAGGAUUUGGAUCUUUUUGGAUUGACUGGGAGUCAGUUACUAAGUGUGGAGAACAUGAUUAUUUUAACAAUACAGUAUCUUAUCCGGUUAGGUCCCGAUAAGAUACCUCUCAGGGAAGAAUUUGAACAGAUCAUGCUGAAAGCUAUGCAGGAGUUUACUCUAAGAGAGCAGUCUUUACAAAUGAGUGCUCAGUGCAUCUCCUUGUCGCCGGCUCAACUCCCAUGGCUUGCCAGGUUAAUUGCCAGCGUCUCCCAGGACAUGGUGCAUGUGGUGGUUACACAGAAUUCCCUGGCUGAAGGCAUUUCAGAAACACUGCGAUCUGUGAGUGAAAUGAAGCACCAGCAAAGGCUGCCAGAUUAUGUGGUCACAAUCUGCACAUCGAAGAUCAGAGGAAAUGAGUUCUGUGUGGUCGUUUUAGGUCAAUAUCAGGCUAGAGCACUGGCAGAGAGUAUGCUUACCGCCAGUGAGUUUUUAAAGGAGAUCAGUUAUGAGCUCAUUACAGGAAAAGUUAGUUUUCUGGCAUCACAUUUCAAAAACACAUCUUUAGGCGAUGAAUUGGACAAGUUGCUAGAGACAAUGCAACAGAGAAGAGGAGAUAAUGUUGUAAUCCCGUUCAAUGGAGAUGUUAAUGAAUGUGUGUCAUCUCAAGAAGCCGCUGCCAUGGUUUCCACCCAAGAACUGGGUUUGGACACUGAAACCUUCCAGAUUUAUCAACCACAGCUCACAAUUGCCAGAAAGCUCUUGUCGCAGGUAUGUGCCAUUGCAGAUAGUGGCAACCAAAGCCUGGAUCUGGGCCACUUCAGCAAAGUAGAUUUCAUCGUUGUAGUUCCUCGUUCGGAAGUGUUGGUCCAACAAACCAUUCAACGGAUUCGACAAUCAGGUGUUCUUGUAGACUUGGGCCUUGAAGAAAAUGGAGCAGCUUACCAAAGAGCUGAAAAAUAUGUGGUGCGGCUAGACAAUGAGAUUCAAACCAAGUUCGACAUGUUCAUGCGGCGGGUGAAGCAGAAUCCGUACACUCUUUUUGUGCUGGUACAUGACAAUGCCCAUGUGGAUUUAACAAGUGCCAUCUCAAGCUCUCUGUCCCAUGGAGAGCCAAGUCACGGACUUGCUGAUAGAGUGAUAAACUGCAGAGAGGUUCUUGAAGCUUUCAACCUCCUUGUUCUCCAAGUGAGUUCUUUCCCAUAUGCUCUUCAAACUCUGCAGUCCAGAAUCAGCUCUGCCAAUGAGGUACACUGGAUACAGUUUGGCAACAUGGAGGAAAUAAGCCAAGAUGAGAAGCUAUAUUUUGGCUUGAAGGAAUACAGCAAAUCUCUCCAAUGGGGAAUCACAAGCCCCCUUCUGAGAUGUGAUGAAACAUUUGAAAAAAUGGUGAAUACACUCUUAGAGAGGUACCCCAAGCUGCACAGCAUGGUGAUUCGCUGCUACCUGCUGAUACAGCAGUAUUUGGAAGCCUUGAUGGCUCUCACCACCAUGGCCUCCCUUCGAGACCACAGCACUCCUGAGACUCUCAGCAUCAUGGAUGACAUCAUCACUGCACCGGGCAAGGAUAAGAACGGCCGUGGCCACAUGCUAGUUAUUAGGAUUCCUUCUGUGCAGCUGGCCAUGCUGGCCAAAGAGAGGCUGCAAGAAGCGCGGGAUAAACUAGGCCUGCAAUAUCGCUUUGAGAUUAUCUUGGGGAACCCAGCUUCAGAACUUAUCGUUGCCAAGCACUUUGUGAAGAGAUUAAAGGCAUGGAGAGGAAACGAACGUGAAGACUGGUUUCCCCAUACUUAUCAGGAUCUGGAAGGUCUUCCUUGUAUUGUUGUUUUAACUGGCAAGGACCCACUGGGGGAAACAUUUCCCAGGUCUUUGAAAUAUUGUGAUCUUCGACUGAUUGACUCAAGCCAUUUAACUCGCACUGCCUUAGAACAAGAAGUAGGCCUGGCAUGCUGCUAUGUUUCAAAGGAGGCGAUCCGAGGUCCUAUUGUGGCCCUUGACCUUAGCGAGAAGGAGCAGGAGAAGGUUGGCGAGAAUGACACUGAUGAGCUGCUGAUCGACUUGGAGAGACCCCAGAGUAACAGCAGUGCUGUUACUGGAACUUCAGGUUCUAUAGCAGAAAAUGGGGUGAGCUCUUCAAGUGCCACAGACAAGUCUCAGAAGCCGCCUUCAUCCCUGAACUUCCAGAAUGUGGCCAGCAGCUCAGUCGAUGAAGGCUUUGCUGCUGGGGGGAACUUGAAACAAGAAUGUGACUCUCUAGGCAACCAGAUAGCCAGCAGUACCACUUCGAAGGUGUCGGCCGCAUCCCCUUCUGUCAGCCAAACGUUCCGGUGGCCUAGCCAGUCCGUGAAAGACUGCAAGGCUUUGCGCGUGUCCUUACCCCGGAUUGUGAUCUUGUCUAAAGCUGCCUACCGCCUCCUUGGCUCACAGAAAAGUGGGCAAGCGCCUUUCUGUUCUUCUCUCUCGCCUCAUGCCGAUGUGUCUUGGGUGAGCUCUCUGAGGCCUUUGAUGCACAAGGACGUGACUAGUGAAGAGCAGUCUUUGUACUACAGGCAGUGGACUACCGCCCGGCAACACCAUGCGGACUACAGUAAUCACAGUGAAACCACUGGCGGCAGGAACUUUCACCCACGGCGGCUACUUCUUACGGGACCUCCGCAGGUUGGGAAAACGGGCUCCUACUUGCAAUUUCUACGAAUUCUCUUUCGCAUGCUGAUCAGAUUGCUGGAGGUGGAUGUAUAUGAUGAGGAAGAUAUUAAUACCAACCAUACAGAGGACAAUGAAAUUGCCCAGUCUAGCAAUGACCAGUGGCCUGAUGUUGAAAUCAUCAGUAAAAUGAGUUUUGAUCUCAGUGUGCAUGAUCCUAAAUAUGUCCUUAUGAGUCCAGUGUAUACAGAGCAACUGCAAAGAAUAAAACAAGAACCAAGCAAAGAAACCAAAGCUGAGGAACCCAGAAAACGGGAUACAGUGUCUAUGAUGUUGACAAAGUAUGCAGCUUACAAUACUUUCCAUCACUGUGAACAGUGCCAUCAAUAUAUGGACAUAAAUCCUUCCGCUCCGAUGUCUGACUCCACCCUACAUGCAUUUACAUUCUCAUCUUCAAUGUUAGGAGAAGAGAUUCAGCUUCAUUUCAUAAUCCCCAAAUCCAAAGAGAGCUAUUUUGUCUUCAGCAAGCAGGGCAAGCAUUUGGAAAGCAUGCGUCUUCCUCUUGUGUCUGACAAGAAUUUGAAUGCAGUAAAGAGUCCUAUUUUCACUCCAUCAAGUGGGCGCCAUGAGCAUGGCCUCUUGAACCUUUACCAUGCUAUGGAAGGGAUCAACCACCUCCAUCUCCUUGUGGUCAAGGAAUAUGAAAUGCCACUUUAUCGCAAGUAUUGGCCCAACCAUAUCAUGCUGGUUUUGCCAGGCAUGUUCAACAAUGCUGGAGUUGGUGCUGCCAGAUUCCUAAUUAAAGAGCUUUCUUAUCAUAACUUGGAACUGGAGAGAAACCGUUUGGAGGAGCUAGGAGUCAAGCGUCAGUGUGUCUGGCCCUUCAUUGUUGUCAUGGAUGAUUCUUGUGUCUUAUGGAACAGUCAUGGUGUCCAAGAACAGUCCAGCCAGUCCAUGGAUCAAGGAUUGACCAGUAAAAAUGUGUCUCUAAAGUGUGUUCUGCAGCACAUUGAAGCCACACCAAAAAUUGUCCAUUAUGCAAUACUGGGCAUUCAGAAAUGGAACAGCAAGCUGAAUUCCAGAACACCCAAAGCUCCCUUCUCCAGGUGCCAUAUACAUGACUUUAUCCUGCUCAACAUCGACCUGACUCAAAAUGUGCAAUAUGACCUGAACAGGUAUUUCUGUGAAGAUUUAGAUUUUAACUUGAGAACAAAUAGUAGUGGCCUGCUUAUCUGUUGCUUUAACAACUUCAGUCUCAUGAAGAAACACAUCCAGGUUGGAGGUCAAAAAGACUUUGAGAUCAAACCUAAAAUCAUGGUAUCUGAGAGCUUGACUCCAAUAAUGCCUCUUCAGUAUGUCUGUGCUCCAGACAGCGAGCACACUCUCCUGGCAGCUCCAGCUCAAUUCCUCCUAGAGAAGUUCCUUCAACAUGCCACCUACAAACUUUUCCCAAAGGCCAUCCAUAACUUCAGGAAUCCUGUCUUGGCCGUUGACUGCUAUCUGAAUAUUGGGCCUCAGGUUGCUCUUUGCUAUGUCAGUUCACGGCCACAUUCUGUUAAUGUCAACUGUGAAGGAGUGUUUUUCAGUGGACUUCUCCUAUAUCUUUGUGACUCCUUUGUAGGAGCAGAUUUUCUUAAGAAGUUCAAAUUCCUGAAAGGUGCAACCCUGUGUGUCAUUUGCCAAGACAGGAGCUCCUUGCGUCAAACAAUAGUCCGUUUAGAGCUAGAAGAUGAAUGGCAGUUUCGUCUGAGAGAUGAAUUUCAAACUGCUAACAGCAGUGAUGAUAAGCCACUCUAUUUUCUGACUGGACGCCAUACAUAAGCUUGAGAAAAUGACAAAGGAAAAGAAGAUAACCUGACAUGUUUGAGUGUGUCUUUUUCCUUCUUUCUUUUAAAGUACAAUCACUGUGGAGCAAAGUGCAACCAAUACUUACGUUCACUAAGGAUUUCCCAAAAUUCUUGCCCAGUCCUUAUGUUUAUAAUCCUUUUUAUGAUUGAACGAGCAUUGAUUCAACUUUCUUCAUGGGUCACUGUUACAGAAGCUGACAUAAUGACAUACCCGCUAUGACCCAAGAUGUGGAGAAAAACAUUUUGGUAGAUGCCAGGCUCUCCUGAUCUCUUUCUACUAUGCUAAAUGGGGAAUUAAACGGACUUGUGGCAUCUUAUCAGCGUGAAUGUGUUACAUGAGAUUCACACUAAGAAUGUGGAAUCAUUUGAAGAUAAUUAUGUUGAGGAAUGCUGUCCAUUUCUCUUCAUAUCUGUACUUUUGGUACGGUAUAACUCAGGGGUUUGAAAUGACAUCGAUAUUUGUGUUUAAAAAGAGUAAUUGUUGUUCACUUUCUGUGCAGUGUUAGCUUAAGGUUUGUAAUUUUAUAUGUAUUGAAACUGUUUUGGCAAAAUUUCCACAAAAGUUAAAAAGUUUACUACAUAAGCCUGAACAAAUCAAUGAAGGUAUGGCAGGCAUUGUACGCACAUGCAGGUUUGUCUCACAGUUUCUAUUCCACCCCUUUGGGUAUCUGUUAUUGAUCUGAAUCCAGAGAUCUUAUGAAUGGAUAAAGUUGAUCACCUAAGUAGGUGAACGGCUUCCCCCCACCCCACCCCACUCUGGCAGUAUGCAUAGAAUAGGAUUCAGAAAGACAAGCUGCAUGCAGAAACCUGUUUCUGUAUGUAUGUGGGUCAUCCUUGACUGCGGUUUGGAAUAGUCUGAUCAGCCAGCAUAAGUAAAUUGCUUAUGCAUAUUAUCUCCUCACUGUUGCCUCAACUCUCUGUAGUUCUUGGGGUAGGGACUUUUAUUGAGAGCAUUUACUAGCCCAUGAAGAAUAUACAGACCAAAGAACAGGGGAAAUGGAGCUUUAUGAUGUAAUUAAUGGCUGAAACAAAGCAAACCACAGGUUAUGAGAGCGAACAAGUUUUUUAAAACUCAACUGAGUUGGGACCAGCAACAGCAACCUUUUAUAGGUCUUAAAAACACCUGGAAAAGUUGGACAUUUUAUUUGAAAUACAUAGGCCUUGAUCCAAUUGAGCACAGACCUAGCACUUGUGUGCAGAGGAGUCCCACUGGGCUCAUAAAGCUCUGUUCCCUGUUACCCAUUUCUCUCCCCAUGUGAGCACAUGUGUAUAUGCAGAAAGUAGGAAGGAGCCAUGAAGGAAAUGGAAGGUCAGUUAUUGCUUCCGAUAUUCAUAUCAGAGCCAGCACAUUUGUUACAGAGCAAGUAACUUUCAUGCUACAGACUGAAAAUUGGCUGGGGAUAUGGGAGAUUUACACAAAUCUCCUCUCCCAGCAACGCCUUGUAAGAACAGAAGAGGAGCCAUGCUGGAUCAGGCCAAGGGUCCAUCUAAUCCAGCAUUCUGUUCACACAAUGGCCAACCAGUUGCCUGUGGCAAACCAACAAGUAGGACAUGAGUAACAGCACUCGCCCAUCCAUGUACCCCAACAACUGGCAUAAAGAGGCAUAUUGCCCGAUACUGGAGGUAGCAUAUAGCCAUCAAGACCAGUAGCCAUUGAUAGCCUUCUCAACUUGUCUAAUCCUCUUCUAAAGCAAUCCAAAUUGGUGGUUGUAACUUCACCUUGUGGCGGUGAAUUCCCUAGUUUAACUAUGAGCUGUGUGAAGAACUACUCCUUUUUAUCUUUCUUGAAUCUCUCACCAAUCAUCUUCAUGGGAUGACUCCGUGUUCUAAUAUUAUGAGAAAGAGAAAAAUGUCUCCCUACCCACUUCCUUGCACUGCCUGCACAUAUGCUCAUUUUGAUGGGGGAAAUGAAAACAAGGCUACUGAGAGCAGUGGAUUUCUUUGACUGGGUCAUAUGUUAGAGAUAUAUUAAAAAUAAUAUUUUAAAUAAACUUUGAAUUGUUUUAAAACAAACAUCUACACACCAGCACUUUGUGCUGUGAAAUAUGCUGAGAGUUUAAAUGAAUAUAGUACAAUCAGGUCUUCACUGCAAUUAAAGUUGAUUGAUUUCUUUCCUCGCCCCUGCUUACUAAUCAGAUUUUUUCCAGUUUCUCUCACUCUUAUCCUUUAAUAAAUUGAUAGUUCUUCCUUCACAUACAUUCUGACACUUUUUCUUAAUGCACAAAUAUUUAAGAUGUAUAGCCUGUUUCACAAGAUAGUGAAAAGAGAUGAUCGAAACACAAACUGUAUACCUGCAACUCAAUUAAGAAGCACCUGCCAGAACUGCAUUUAGAACAAAGUGUUAAUCAUGCAACUUUUUUAACCUUGUGAAAGAGCGGUUUACAAAUAAUGAAAAGUAUAAUAUAUUGAUUGAAGAUGAAAAGGAAAGUAAUGGUUUUCAAACCUAUUGGUUUAUUAUAGCUUUACAUAAAUGUAGCAUAUUUCAAAUGAACAAUUGUUUACUUUAGUGUAGAUUUUUGGGGGGAUUUUUUGUACCCAUACAAAAUCUGCCUUAUAUUUUAAUUAAUACCAUUACAUAUUUUGGGUAGAAGCUUAUGCAAGAGCUACAGUUAGGGGCUGUAAGGCUGACGUAUUCACUGUGCAGCCUGCAAGAUACAUAACAAAUACUAAUAUUCUAGGGAUAACAAGGGUUUUGUUCAAGUUUCAUCAGCUGAACGUAGUAUAUGCAUAAUGUGAAUUUAAUUUGUGAAAGUUUCCAAAGAGUUGCCAUUUUAUUGCAUAUUUUGCAGAUAUAAAGUUUUCAAAAUCGUCUUUGUAUAUUUGAUGUUUGCACUAAGUUCUUAAAAUUCCAGGUGCUGAGACUUAUUAGACCAUUGGUAAAGAGAUCCAAAAUUGUCUAUAGGCUGAGAACUUGGAGACUAAGGGCCUUUUCACACAAUCAGGGGUUUUGGGGUCACCUUUAUGGGAGAGUUUGUGUUUGAGUAUUACAUUUUUUGCAAGCACUGUACUCUGUAUCUCCUAGGUAACACAUUCUUAUCCUUACUUGAUGUACCGUUUUGUAAACAUGGCUUUUUAAUACUUUUAGUAAAAAAAAAAAUACAUUAAGCAUUUGCACUCACGUGCCACCUGAUUAAUGCAGUUUUUGUUUAGGGUUUUUUAAUAGCGCACUCCCUAUUGAACAACUUGUGCAGGAAUAUUUGAAGCAUACAAGCUCCAUUACCAAUUAUUACCGAGGAAUGCUUUAUGUGAUUGUGUGGAAAGAUCCUAAAUGCUGUUUUCUGUAUCAGACAAGAACAACUGAUUAUUCAAAGCAAUGUCAAUAAGGCAAAGGAAGAGUUCUGGCUGAUUACUAGCUGAAACCUCUUAAGAAAAUGUCUUCACAAACUAAUCAUAAAGGUUCCAUGUGGUACAUUAAUACGAGCUCUUGAUAUGAUAUACGGGACAGGCGAUCAGAGUAAGAUACCAAAUGCUACUAUAUUAUUAUUUCAGUUACAAGCCUUGCCAGCAAGGCAAUGACAUGAAUGUAUUGAAUAGGCCAGCAUUAUUUUACCAAUAGACUUGUUAAAUAUGAGUAGUUAACAGGUCACAGGUAAUACUGAAUGUAAUCUGUAAUUAUAAACAAAUCACUCAGAUAUUUCUGUAAUUUAUAGUUGCUUUGUAUGAUCUCUGAAAAGGGGUUAAAUGUUGCUUUCUUAGGACUGCUUCACACUUGACUAGUUUCCUAUACAAAUCACUUGUCUUUCUUGGGGUGGGGAGGAAGUACAUAAACUGUAAAACCACAAUGUGAUUUUAUAUGUGUUAGGUUUGUUACAUGUACAAUUGGUUUCAACUUCCCAGAGCUAUACUCUCUAUGAAGGAAGUUCAUCAGGUUUGAAGCAGUCCUUGAUGUAAAAUUCUCUUAACCAAAACUUGGUGAAUUUAGCUUCACUAGUCAGUCUACCUCACAUUUUAUUGUUUGAACUGAAAUUGUCUGCAAUUGUGGCUAUAGUAUGUUUAUAAUGUUCUUUCAUUAAAUUCAAUGAAUGUUGUAUUACCA